GGUGUAAUUAUUGAGAUGAUACCGGAGGAGGGUUUUUGCGAGGACGAUAAAGUGUUGGCUGCAGAUCUUGCCGCAUUUAUGCAGAAUGAAGUGAUUAAUGCCCAACUUUGCGGUAUUGACACCGAAGAUGAGGAGAAAAAGGAAGAAGAGAAGUCAGAAUUACCUGUAGUGGGGGAUUACGAAAGGGCGGGGGAGCAUGAUUUGUAA